AGCACUAAAUAAAACGCCGAGUGUCCGAUGAUACGGAAUCAGACGUCUCUGGAAAUCGCCCGAAGAACCAAGAAAUAGUAGUCCGCUGCAGUCAGUAAUAAUUAUUGUUAUAAUAACCGUUCUGAGGACGAAAGAAACAAACAUGAGCUCCUGCAAACUCGUCUUGUGUGUAUUUUUGGCAGCUACUCUAGCCCUCGCAACAGCUACACCUAUUGGAUUUAUCGGGUAUAGCAGUGGUUUCGGUGGUGGUUAUGGCGGUGGAUACGGAGGCUAUGGAGGUCACAGAGGAGGUUACGAUAGUUAUGGAAGCGGCUAUGGAGUAGGUGUUGGAGUUGGAUUCACUGGAGGUUACAGUGGCUACGGACAACAAGGGUAUGGUGGUCAUGGAUACAAUAAUGGGUACGGUUACAAUAGGAUACGGAAAUCAUGGUGGAUACUAUGGUGGCAAUCAGGGUUAUGGACAUGGCUAUGGAAAUGGCUACGGAAAUGGUUACGGAAACGGCUACGGACAUGGACACGGACACUAUUAAUAAUACCUUAUAAUAAUUAUACCACAGGCACACCUCAUUUUCCUUCUGAAUCAAAGAGUAUUAUGUUUUUCAGUAAAAUGUUAACCAAUACCUAACAGUUCUCGAUAUAUUUAAUAAAUUGAAGAUUUUUUUUUAUUUUA